GCAGAACUAUCCAAUAUGUUGAAAUUGUUUGUACGUUUUCAAAUGAUAUGGUUAUUCAUUCCAUUUAUCAAAGGGGAGUGCAUUUCGAAAGGAGACAUUGUUUUUCUACUAGACGAAUCUGGCAGUAUUGGAUCGCUCAACUUUGAACGAAUCAAGACAUUCGUCAGCUCUGUUGUCGGUCACUUCAAAGUAGGAAGCAAUGCUAAUCAAUUCAGUGUAGUCAACUUUGCGUCGUCUUCUAGAGAGAUAUUUUCACUCAACAGAUAUCACACAGUAGCUGAUAUUCAAUCUGCUAUAGCUUCUAUUUCAUUCAAAAGCGGCGGAACAAGCAUAGGAAGUGCCCUUGAUUAUGCCCGAAUGUACUCCUUUAGUUCCUCCAGAGGAGCAAGAAGUGAUUCAGCAAAAGUUGCUGUUCUAAUCACCGACGGGCAAAGUUCUCUUUCCAACGAGCCCGACCAACUAAAAGGAAUCGGGGUCACGAUAUUUUGUGUCGGGGUAGGAACUGGAAUAAAUUCAGUUGUUCUGAGAUCGGUGGCCACUCACAACGACUACACGUAUCUUACUACAUUUGAUCUAUUGCCUUUGUUAACGAACGAAUUGUCCAACGAAACCUGUGGAGAUGACAUAAACGAUUGCUUAAGUGAGCCUUGUCUUAAUGGGGGGACAUGCGAAGAUCAGUUCGGGAAGUAUGUGUGUCACUGUCUGGCCGGAAAUACAGACCCUAGCUGCUAUGUCCCGGGUUUACCAAAUGUAACGUUGGGAUCCAGUCUAACAGUACAUGUUGGAGCUUCAGCCAUACUCAUUUGUAACGUCACAAGCACAUCAAAUGUAUCUUCUGUUACAUGGCACUACCAGAAAAAAGGCAUCACAGUCACAAUCAAUACUCGAAAUACAAACAAAUAUAGCGGCGGUACUGUAGGUAUGCCUUCUCUUACAGUAAAGAAUGUUCAGAUUGAAGAUAUAGGAAACUACAGAUGUUUGGCCCAGAACUCAGCAGGAAUAGGCCAAAGCGCAAAAAUGAUCUUUCUAGAUUUAAAGCGAGGUUUGCCUGUGAUCUACAUGCAAAGAAGAAGUUACCCUGUCAAUGCUAGCAAUAGUGUGUCCCUGUCUUGCAAUUUUUCCUCCAGUUACCCUCCUGUUGUUGAGGUUAAUUGGUACAAAGAUGAUGCACGAAUUAAUUCGGUGUCCAAUGGUAAAUACUCCGGCGGGACAAUUCCUUUUCCAAACCUCAACAUUUCAAAUAUCCAGGAAAAAGACCAGGGUUACUACCACUGUUCAGUGUAUAACCACUAUGGCACCAGAAAUAGCUCGGACAUAGCAGUGUACUUAUUUGGAGGUCCUCCAAUUAUCUCAGAAGGUACGACAUCAUUUGUUUCUUGGAAAUGGGUUAAAAUUACACUUGAUAUAAACGUUACCUCAAAGCUACCCAUAUUGGAAGUGUUAUGGGAAUAUGUGAUGAGCCCUUAUAGGUAUACUUAUGUGCCACUCAAUAUUACAUCGGUUUCGAGGUACUCUGGAGGAACAAUAUCCUCUACAUCUCUGACAAUAUACAACGUCACAAAGGCUGACAAUGGAUUCUAUAGAUGUUCCGUGACUAAUCGUGAUGGAACAACAACGAGCUCCUCCUUUCAUAUAAUUAUUAAAACCAGCCUUCCUGUGAUAUCAGUUGGAAAAACGUCACUUACAGUCAAAACAAGGUCUUACACUAUCCUUCACAUCAAUUAUACUUCCGGACCGGAAAUGAAGUCAAUCAGCUGGGAGAAAAGGAGUAUUGCCUAUCCCUAUACAUUUGUUGCAGUAAAUAUAACUGAAAAUGAUCGAUACGAAGGCGGUACUUUUGAUAGACCGAAUUUGGAGAUUGCUGAUGCAGUGCUAGAGGACAGUGGUUAUUAUCGAUGUAACUUUGUCAAUACCAAUGGAAAGUCAACAUCUCCUUUAUUUUACGUCAAUAUCGAAACACAGCUUGCUGUUAUAAAUGUAUCUUUCACAUCAUACACAGUAAGUCAAGGUGGCAAUGUUACCUUGUCUGUGACCCUGUCUGACACAGAGAUCAACUCGACAAUAGUUUGGGAGAAACAAGGUUUUAAGAACAAGUCGUUCGAGGUAAUCGACGUAUCGUCAAAUGAGAAAUACGAUGGAGGUUCUCUGACAUCUCCCUCUUUAUCUAUUUUCAACGUAAACAACGACGACUCCGGAUAUUAUCGAUGUAGGGUCACUAACAUUGAUGGAACUACUACAAGUACAUCAAUACAGAUCAGAGUAGGACAUAAACGUUUGUUUAAAGGAUCUAGUUGUGACCAGCGGACAUGUGGAGUCCUUAGGGAAUGUUUGUAUCAAAACAACCAACCCUUGUGUUCAUUAGUUACAUGGAAAGCAGCUUCUGCUGGUGUUGCUGGUGUUGUAGGGGCAAUUUCCGCUGUAGUUGUUGUUAUGGCUGUGAUAAAGUCUCUGUCAACUACCAAGUACCAAUUUAGCAAGUCUUCUUCCGAAUUCAAACUAAGAAAAUUCAAAGACUAAACAGAGCAAAACAAUACGAACAAGAAGGAAAUUCUACAGAACUAAAAGAACAGUGAGCCACGCAUACCCAAUUUGCAGUAUGCAGGGUCAUCGACCAGCACGUAGUGCACAAUGGCUUCUUUAUCAGAUGAAUUUAAUCUUUUUUUUUCAUAAAAUAUGAACAUCGGGGUAAUAAAUCAAACCCAAGAAAUAAU